AACAGCGUGUUAUUAUUGCUACCGAUAGCAAAGCUAGCUGUCAGAGGAGCUAUCUUGAUAUCUGCAGUCUUUCUGUGCUGUUGGACUGCGAUGGAUGCUCUCCAAGCCCUAGACGAGGCUGAGAGGCCACGACAUCAUCCUUUCUUAAUAGGAGUGAGCGGGGGAACCGCCAGCGGCAAGUCAACAGUUUGUGCCAAGAUCAUGGAGCUCCUGGGCCAGAACAAGGUGGACCACCGCCAGAGGAAGGUGGCGAUCAUAAGCCAGGACUGUUUCUACAGAGUCCUGACUCCAGAGCAAAAGGCGAAAGCACUGAAGGGCCAGUAUAACUUUGAUCACCCAGAGGCAUUUGAUACCGAGUUAAUGUACAAAACCUUAAAAGACAUUGCAGAAGGAAAGGUGGUUGAAGUGCCAACGUAUGACUUUGUCACUCAUUCCAGGUUGGAUGACAGGAUCACGGUUUACCCAGCAGACGUGGUCCUAUUUGAGGGGAUCCUUGUCUUCUACCCACAGAAAGUGCGCGAUAUGUUUCACAUGAAGCUCUUUGUGGACACAGAUUCAGACGUCAGACUGUCUCGCAGAGUUCUGCGAGACAUGACCAGAGGGAGGGACCUGGAGCAGAUUCUCACGCAGUACACAACAUUUGUCAAGCCUGCUUUUGAAGAGUUUUGUUUGCCUACGAAGAAGUAUGUGGAUGUCAUCAUUCCAAGGGGAGUUGACAACAUGGUGGCCAUCAACCUCAUCGUACAACACAUCCAAGACAUACUGAACGGCGACAUCUGCAAAUGGCAGCGAGGGUCCAUGAACGGCCAUGCGCGAGGCUUCAAGCGGGCCAUGUCCGAGCAGGGCGAGCUGCAGAACGGAGCGGCUAAUCCUCCUGGAAAGAGGGUCCUUCUGGAGCCCAGCUGUCGGCCUCACUGAGAGACUGUGUGGGUGCAUGGGUGGACGAAUGUGUCCAGACUGUGAAUAUGAGCUUUUGAGGAUUGCUGCGAUUGAUUUGUGCGGGAAGGGUCAGCAACUGGCUCAACCUCCGCAGGUUUUUUUUUUUGGUUUUCUCCGCAAUCCCACGGUGGAAGCAUUCAGAACUGCAACUUUGUCAUAAUUUCACUGUAAUUACUGGUGCACAAUAUGCGACUAGAUUGUGCUUUUCACAUGUAACAGUCUUCCAUGAUAUUGUUUUGCCUUUUUGGUGUUUGCAGAUGACUGGUUACUGAGAUGGACCGCAGUUGAGGAUAGUAAAUAGUUAUUUAAAUGUUUAAUUUGUCACGCUUUGCACUUUUGACCUUAUAUUUAUAUCUGCUUUUUGUUGCUUUAAUUUAUUCACUAACCUGUUGUUAUCCUGCUGCUUUGCCAGAUUGUUUUAACUUAUUUAAAUCACAUUAGGGUGUGUGGUGUAGUAGUGCAUCACCUAAAUCGCUACAGAGUGCUUCCUUAAUUAUUUACAGUUGAAUACAUGCCUUAAUUUUUUAAAAGUUCAUUUUCCACUGAACCAUUCUGUACGACAAUAAAUGGAAAUUCUGUUAUAAAGUUUUAAAGCC